AUGUGGGACUUUAGUUUCAGAGGACGAGUCUUUGAUAUCGAAGGGAGGAAGCUCAAGGUCGUGGAGCAACUCACUGAGUUCUUGGAUAUCGAGCAUGGCCAACGCCGGGUUCUAACAAGAGUUAUAAACCUGGAAAACAAACUAGAGUCUUUUCUCAAAAUCCGCUACCAACUGGACCCAGAGGAUUUUGACUUUGACGAUCCCGCAGAGGCUGAGGAGUUGGCUGAGGAACAUUACUGCCACGAAGUCCAACUCACAGACUUCCUGGGUGAGCGUGGACUAGGGCCAAAGUAUUAUUGUCACGAAACCCAGUCUCAGGAAGAUUGGAUGCCAUUCCCGAAUGGCUAUAUCGACUUUUUGGUCAUGCAGAUACCUCCAGGCGAAAAUGUCGAAGAUAUCCAGGAUGAGCUUACCGAUCAGCAGCUUGACAGUAUUCGAACCCAGCUCGCACAUACCUUGGAGUUCAUGCGCACGAAAGGCUAUGUGCUGGUCCAGCAACAUGCUGGGUAUCUUAAUUACGAGGCUCGGACAAACAAGCUUUAUCUGGUUGACCUCGAUGGCCUCGGAUUCAGCGACCCAACUAGUAGCACAUCGUUUCCAAUAGAUGAGGAGAGCCCAUACGUGGAGGCGUUUAACAUUUGGCGCGCACCGUACAGUAAGCCUGAGCAAGACCCGAAACCAGGAGUGCCGCCACCCUACCAACCAACUAAAAAGGAAAAUCAGCGCCCAACGAGAGCAUAG